GACCCGGUGCUUGCUGCGUUCACUGCGGCGACUGCAGGACCCUCCCACAGCACGUGACAGCACGUGACAAGCACGUGACAGCACCGCAGCCCCACGUCCACCAGGCGGCGCUCGCAGGCCGCAAGAUGGAGGAGAGCAGCACCCCCACCGUCCAUCCUCCCCACUCCCCACUCCGUCCCGACACACUCCCCGUUAAUCGUGGAAUCGUAGCGCGUGCUGCACGUGAAUAAAGGACCAGACGACACUUCCAUCAGGUUUUGGAGACGCGACUUUGUUCACAUCUCGUCAGCGCCUACACUCGGGUGUUCACAGCACUAAGUCUUCCUGACAUUGAUACCUGUCUCUACCUAAGUACAGGUGUAACAUAGCUUCUUCGGGUGUUGUUUUUUUUUUUUUAACUCCUGUCUUUGUUUACCGUUUACACACCGCUUAGGAAAAUAAUGAUUCUCGAAAAGUGCGGCAAUGGCAAACUUGGUUUAAAGAAUUGAUAGCAUGUUUUUCCUUUUUUGGCCUAAAAUGUUAGAAUAUUAAAUAUUGAAUAAUAUUCUCCUUGUGACAAAGCUGGUUUUGAAUUCGAUUGUAUAGUUUGUAUUAUUCGACACACAGCGCACGACAGUGAGAGGAUCUGAGGACAGCGGCAAAUCUUUGUCGGCCAAUAAUAACAGGUCUUUUCGCUAACUUCAUUAUCAUCCAUUCGUUUUCUCAAAACUUUUUUUCCGAGGAGCUGCUUAUUCUGAAAGAAAUAUCUAUUUUGUCUCUCUCCAGAGACAGAAUAAUUUUAAUAAAUGGAAAGCGGAAAAUGGAUAGUUCUGAUAUAGUAAUUACAUCCUGACCAAGACCUAAAGCCCAACUUGUCAUGAAAAUAGUCCGCGGCUUGACGGCUUGGACUGGCGGAGGAAUCUGCCAAGUGUAGUCCCCCUCCACCCCACUAGCAUCCCCCAGUCUCCCCAUCCCCAGCAGCGCAGUGUCCAACACCUUGCGUAAUCAGGAGACAAGGGAGACAAGCAUCGCCUCCACCCUUAUAAAGCAAGAGGGUGUCGCUCGGGCUGUUUGCAGUAGAUGGAAAGCAGCCACAAAAUGAAAAUGAGGAGCUGACGAUGGUGACACGACAGCACCUUUAAUAACAAAAAAUAAUAAAGAAAUAAAGAGGAGCACAACAUUUUUUUCUCACAUCUCCUGACGAAGCGGCGAAAACUGGAAAGAGGUAACAUGGCGACAAGAUGCUUGGCUUUCUUCAUCAUGGCGCUCACAAGCUGGGCCUGCACUGGCCGACAAGCAGUGGCUGAGCGCUGGGCCGGAAGUGACGACAACGCUGAGCUCGUUAACUCAUCGACAGCCACCACAGGCAACUCCAGCAGCUCCUACCUCCGUCUGCUCCGUCUCUUUGGAGGAAAUGCGCUGCCAGAACUCUUGGGAAACCGACCUGCAGAUGAUGGUGGUGCAGAUAAAAGGAGGAGGACAUUAAAGCUUUCACAUCCUCCGGCGAUGUCACGUACCGCUAUCUGGACCUCAGCAAGCGGAACGUGGAUCCUCAUCACUUCUUUGUCGGCCUGGGUAAGACGGAGCAUGGAUCCUAAACACUUCUUUGUCGGCCUGGGCAAACGAAGCAUGGAUCCUCAUCACUUCUUUGUCGGCCUGGGCAGACGGAGCAUGGAUCCUAAACACUUCUUUGUCGGCCUGGGCAAACGAAGCAUGGAUCCUAAACACUUCUUUGUCGGCCUGGGCAGACGGAGCAUGGAUCCUAAACACUUCUUUGUCGGCCUGGGCAAACGGAGCAUAGAUCCUCGUCACCUCUUUGUUGGACUGGGCAAACGAACAAUGGAUCCUAAACACUUCUUUGUCGGCCUGGGCAAAGGGAGCAUGGAUCCUAAUCACCUCUUUGUUGGCCUGGGCAAACGAAAUUUGGAUCCUCAUCCCUUCUUCGUCGGUCUGGGCAAACGGAUCAUGGAUACUCGUCAUCUUUUCGUUGGCUUGGGCAAACGGAACAUGGAUACUCGCCAUCUCUUCGUCGGUCUGGGCAAACGAAACAUGGAUAGUCGUCAUCUUUUCGUUGGCUUGGGCAAACGGAACAUGGAUAGUCGUCAUCUUUUUGUCGGGCUGGGCAAACGAGGCUUUGUUCCUGCUUCGAAGAAACAAAGCCUGGAUGAUUCCAAAACCAGUUUUGGUAUUUCUAAGCAAAAGCGGUCAUUGAGGGAAUUUGAGCAAGGUGUUUACUCCUACCCUAGACUACCGGUAUGGCGAAACACUGGAAUCCCAGCCUCAAGCUUUCGAUGAAAAGUUUAAUGUCAGAAGGCCAAUUCUGAAUGGACAGGUGCAGCAAACUGAAGCUAAGUAUUUCAGUGAUGUCGAAGACGCUUCAGACUUACCAGAUCCUGUCGUGGACAAACGAAGCAUGGACACUCAUCGUUUUAAUGUAGGACUGGGUAAACGAAUGAAAGUGGUUAACCUCCAGCAAGGAGGAGUGAGCAGUUUUCACGCGGGGAUUAGUCUCAACAAAAAGGCAGUUUCCUUUUGGAGGACAGGAAGACACGAAUCUCGUCUCAAGAGCAGGGUGAGCGCACCACGUACGCUCACAUGGCGUGACAAAAAGCGACAUCUGAACCCCUACUAUUUCAAGGUUGGCCUCGGGAAGCGGCAGGUGGCGAGCGGGGAAAUGGACAGAGCGGAAGCGGCGCCAUCUUUCGCACGAGACGAGCUUCCGGCGUUGCUUUACGAUACCGAGGAUGGCGACUUAGAUUUUGAAGAAAACCCUGUUUUUCCUACCGACGAGGUUACCAACUCCUGGCCCGAAGAUGAUGCCAUCGAGCAGACGAUGGACAUCAGCAGCAGAAGUGAGUCAGACGACCGCGUCUAGUGUACAGCAACGACUGAAAGAACGGCUGAUGACGUCAGCUCCAGGUCACUGGUUCACACGCCGUUCUAUCAACGAUUCGCUGACACACAGCGGAGGUGGUGGACAGUGCAUGUCAAGUCAGCAGCUUGCCCACAGUCACACAAUGCCCACACUUACACAGCUUGCUCACACUUUCACAAUUUACCCACAGUCACACAGCUUGCCCACAGUCACAUAACUUGUCCACAGUCACACAGCUUGCCCACAGUCACACAACUUGUGCGGCGUGUUUCAGGCUAGGUCACGUGCACAGACUGGCUCGUUAAACCUUUAAUGGCAACAAAGACGAAGCACGACAUGCAGGACUGUUUUGUCGGCUUCGUUUCUGGCUUUCGAGUUCUUGCGUUAAUGAAAGUUUCGUAAAUAAAUCUGUA